AUGAAGGAAAACAAAAAUAUGGACGCAAAUGAUGGUGAUGAUGAUGAUUCUCCCAAUUUUGAAGCCUUGGAGACUUCCUUGGAUUCACUCACGGGUGAAUUGUAUCAAGUUCAGCUCCACCACAAUUCGAUGAAGCAUGCACUUGCUGAGGCUCGCGAGGCCAACAAAGAACUCAAGAAAGAUAAAUCGGCUCUUGAAGUCGAGUUGGAAGAUAUCUCCGAUUCCCUUGAGGAAGAAUCCGCAUGCCUUGGCCAACUCAAAGCUGAAAACAAAAGGCUCCGAGAUGAAGCGGCAAAGUGUGCCAAUGAUGCCGAUGCCGUGGCCCGUGAGACAGCUACCAACAAGAAACUCAACCAGGAAAAUGCUGCCCUCAAGAUCGCAUUGGAGACUACCAAGAAAGAGCACGACCAAGAAGUCUCUAAACAAGCGCAGAAUCUCGAAGAUAAACGCGUGGCCAUUCACAAAUUUCAACAAGAAAUUGCCACUCUCCGCAGUGAGUUAGAGCAGCUUGGCAAGCUUCAUUGUCGCACAACGGAGAGCUUUUCUGUUCAAACCAAAUUGUUGCAGGAGCAGUGCAAGACCCUAGUGUCUCCUGAAGCAACUUCUCAUGAACAGAAAAGCCCAAUGGGCGUGGAUGACGGUCGCAAAGCAAGAAGAAUUUCUCUGUAG